UAUUUACCAAACAUUAAUUUCUUUUCUGUUUUCGAACGAUAAGACGCUUCCAUUUCCUGGCCGGCGAUAUCCUCAUGUUUCCGGAUUCUCUUGAGUUGUUUCUAAGAAAAAAAAGUUGUUUAUAAGAAGAAGUAAAAACUUCUUCUUAUAAACAACUUGAAAACAACUACUUUCAACCCAACGACUUAUUCUUUUAUGAUUUCAGUAAGACGACAGAAACAACACACAAAACAAAGAAACAUGAAGUUGGACAACAAACAGCCUUACUUAAUGGCGGACAUUCAUUAUGUUUUGGGAACCAAUCAGAAAAUCAACCAAUAUAAUAAACAUAUUGAUUCUCACCAAAACAGUGACAUCAAAAAUUCCGACCAAUUAAUCCAGCCACAAAAGCAUUGCGCCAGUUCGGUGCGAAGCAUCUGUGUGCAGUUUCUGAUAUGUUUGUGCGUAUUACUGGUGUUGGCAUUACUACUAACAAGUUCAGAUGGGUCUCACCCGUCAGUUAGCAAUUCUUUGAAGCCUGCAAAAAGUCGAAAUUCCACAAUUUAUAACUCAACUAUUAUGAUUCUGCCGACGAGAAAAGACGACAGUACCGUGACUUCAAUACACUGAUGAACGCUGGUCUUUCCACUUACAUUAAUUAACACCAAGUCAAAUAUGGACGAACAUUGAAUUUAGGUUUUCUGAAAAGAAUUUAAAAGAAAGAGAAAAAAGAGUUAUUUCAUUACAAAUGAUUCAACGGGUUAUCACGGUUUUGUGUUUAUGGCUGAAAAUAACGAUCUUUCUACCAAUUAGCGAACCGUAAACACAAAAUUAUAUGGCACCCGCUUUGGCGUCAUCUAAGGGUAGAGUCAAAGGAAAUCGAUCCUGCCACGGCAAACACGUGGAUUCAAAUGGUUAACAGUUCUCAAAACCCUGCUCAGGACUUUUUAUUCCACUUACAAAGUUUCUUUACAAAAAAAAAAAAUUUUUUAAGCAAACAAAAAACGAAUAAGAAGAAAAAAGGAAUUUU